GGCGGAUUGGCGUCAUGUGAAAAAGUUUGACGGGGGAGAUGCGCAGUCCAUGGACUGAGCUCGCCCUCCCGAUCUGGACCGCGUGGACGUUGUGCCUGGUCAUCGACGUCAGGACGGAGGGACAGUCCAGGGAGUUGCCCAGCCUACGCGAUGUCCAGUUCUGGGACAAGACACCAGCGCCGAACAGAAACGAGCAGUGUCCCCAGGGCGAAGACACGAUCACCUUCGAGAAGACGGUAGCCAUGAAGCCCAGUUCCCGUCGGCUGUCGCCCAUGUUCGCACCGCGAGAGAACUUCCCGUCCCACGGCGGCGUCACCUCGGACUGCCUGCGCCGCUGUCAGGCGUCUCCGAGGUGCCUGGGCGUCGUGGUGAACUACGAGCACAACGCCUGCUUCGCGGCGACGGCCCUGAACGACGACGAAGUGGCGUCGACGCUCGGAGCCGCCGACCAACCGAUGGUUCCCGCUUCGGACAGGUCCAACUACUUCGCCAAGAUGUGCGUGCACGGGCCGACGUGCGACAAGGACUGGGCCAUGGAACGCGUGCCGGGCAAGGAGCUGAGGGGCUUCGACGAACGCGUGGUGUCCGGUGUGCCUAGCUGUCAGCGUUGCCAGGAGCUCUGCCUGCACGAGUCCUCGUUCCCGUGCCGGUCCGGGGAGUUCGACGCGAGGGCCCGGGAGUGCCGCCUCAGCGUCCAGGACAGGAGGGCGCAGCCGGCCGCCUUCGGACCCGCGCAGGGGCCGCACGUCCACUACUUCGAGAACCUCUGCUUGCCGCAGCCCUCUGGCAGCAACUGUGACUUCGAUCUGCACAAGGACGUGGACCUGCGGAGGCCCGACCAAGUGCGUAGUGCGUUCAGCGCCGACCAGUGUCGCUCCAUGUGCGAGUCCUGCCAGGAGUUCGCUUGUCGGAGCUUCAGCUUCUCGCCCACCACGGGCCUCUGCUCCAUGUCUGGAGACGACACCGUCAGCAUCGGGGGCUUCGCGCUACGCGUCACUCCCGGCACGGGAUACUACCAGAAACCGUCCUGCCCCGACCCAGUCCAGUUGUCCUGCACGCGGGAGUCCAUGGCCCUGACGCUGCGCACCAAGGAUCCGUUCGGCGGUCGCAUCUAUCCUCGGGACGAGACACCCGGCUGUGAGGUUCAGGGCCGCGGUCUGAGAGAGACGACCCUGGUGAUGGGACUCCUCGAUCGGCGCUGCGGAGUCUCCGAGGACGAUCGCGGUCGCUUCACGAGUACCAUCGUGAUCCAGCAUCACCCGGUGAUCCAGCAAAAGGGGGACAGGGUCGUGAAGCUCUUCUGCGUCUUCGACACGGCAAAUCGCACCGUCACCAACACGUACAAGGUCCUGGUCGGGGGUGCCGGGUCCUCCGGUCGGUCUCCCGGCGUGGUGAACGCCACGGCCCCUUCGCCCAACGUCCGGCUCCGGAUCACAGACCGGAGCGGAGCAGACGUGGCCGGCGCCAGGCUCGGGGACGAGCUCUUCCUCAGAAUCGAGAUGGACGACGACAGUGUGUUUGGAAUCUUCGCCCGAAACCUGGUAGCCACCAGCGGUCAGAACGACGACUCCAUUGUACUCAUCGAUAGCGCCGGCUGCCCAACCGAUCGUAACAUCUUCCCUGCACUCGAGCCCAACGUGGGCGACAAGUCCAGGGGCUUGCAGAGUCGAUUCGAGGCCUUCAAGUUCGCGGACGACGUGGUCGUUCGUUUCCAGGUGACCGUCCAGUUCUGUCUGCACGAGUGCGCGCCAGUCGCGUGCAGCCCGGCCCAGCCGGGCUCGGCGACGUCGUUCGGGAAACGACGACGCCGUCGCAUGCACUCACGUCGGCGCUGGCUCGAGACCCGGAGUCGAAGGGCCGCUGCGCCAGUCUCGACCACGACGACGACCAGCACCACAACGAGGAGCCCCCUGAAACAGGCCGGUCAGCCGACCAUGCUGCCGGAGUAUCCGCUGCAACGGGAGAUCAUCGUGCAGGGCAUUGGUGGAAGGGGGUCCGACUCGGGCAUCUACACCAGCCGGGACAGGCCCUCCAAGGCUGACUCGAGGAUGGUGUGCGCCACACCCAGCGUCCUGACGGCGGCCGUGGUGGCUGCGUUCCUGGUGCAGCUGGCCCUCUUCGCGGCCUGCCUGUCCUGCGUGGCCCUGGCGCGGCGCUGCGGCAGCAAGCGGCACGACAUACCGCGCAGCGUCGACGACGACGAAGAGAGCGACACGGUGACCCGCGUCACCGCCACUAGCGUACCCAGACGCGUGUGGACGUCGUCUUUCCGCUGA